CGGCUGCAGAAGCUCAGAGCAGCUCCCUCCUGCCGACAAGGAGGAGACCGGAGCCGCUCGGUUUUUCUUCUCUCUGGAUUUACAUUCAUCUUUUCCAACAUGAGGCUUUUCUGCGCCGUGGUCGUGGUUGCGGCUCUGCUGACAGAGAAUCUAGCGCUUCCAGUGGUUAAAGAAGGACAGAGAGAAGACGUGGUUACAAGAUGUCUGGUUGAAGUCUUGUCCAAAGCUCUCUCCAAACCGAACUCUCAGCUGGAUCAGGAAUGCAAAGACAUUAUCCAAGCAGGAGUUAAACAUACCCCAUUAGACAAGAAGAGCAGUGAGGGGACAAUAAACCAUGAAGAAGUACUCAAAGGUCACGCUGUGGAGCCCGAAGCGAAGGCAGCAGAUGUAAAAGACAUCGAGGCGCUCUUGAAAUCCGUGGAGGAAAAAAGAGAAACCCCGGAAGAUGAGCGCAAUCAGGAGUCCUGGAGUUUUGGUGACGACAAGGAGAAGAGACACAACAACGAAGUGGAGGAAGAACGAGAGAAGAGGGGCAGCUGGAGGCAAGGAAGAUACCACCAAAGAAAAAUCAAACGAGGAGAUGAGGAGGAGGAUAACGAGCGCAGUCAGGAGAGCUGGGGGUUAGAAGAGAAGAGAUCUGACGACGACGAGGAAGAAGACGACGAAGAGGAGAGAGAGAAGAGGGCAUGGAGGCAUGGAAGAUACCACCAAAGAAAAUACAAACGUAAUGAGGAGGAGGAGCCUGAGGAGGAACGCAGCCAGGAGUCCUGGGAUGUGGACAAGCGGGCAUGGAAGCCAACCCAUCGCUAUCACCACAAGAAAAAGCUGCACAAACGCAGCGAUGAGCCAUCGGAGGCCAACGAAUAUGAAGAACGAAGCCAGGAGUCUUGGGGUCUCGACGAUGAGCGGUACAAGAGGGACUGGAGACCCGGAAGACACCACCAGAGGAGACACAAACGUGACGAAGAGCUUUCAGAAGAAAUUCGAGAAGAACCAGAAGAGGAACGAAGCCAGGAGUCGUGGGAUUUUGAUACUGGAAGAGAAAAGAGAGACUGGAGGGCUGGAAGGUUCCACCAGAGGAGGCACAAACGUGAUGAAGAGCUCGCUGAGGAAGAAAGAGAAGAACCAGACGAGGAACGAAGCCAAGAGUCAUGGGAUUUUGAUGGUGGAAGGGAGAAGAGAGAAUGGAGGGCAGGAAGGCACCACCAGAGGAGGCAUAAACGUGACGAAGAGCUUUCUGAAGAAGCCAGAGACGAGCCUGAUGAAGAGCGCAGCCAGGAAUACUGGGAUUUUGAUACGGGAAGAGACAAGAGGGACUGGAGACCUGGCAGGCACCACCAGAGGAGGCAUAAACGUGACGAAGAUCUUUCUGAAGAAGCCAGAGAUGAGCCUGAUGAAGAGCGCAGCCAGGAAUACUGGGAUUUUGAUACCGGAAUUUACAAGAGGGACUGGAGACCCGGCAGAUAUCACCAGAGGAAACACAAACGUGACGAAGAGCUUUCAGAAGAAGUCCGAGAAGAACCAGAGGAGGAACGCAGCCAGGAGUCGUGGAGCCUUGAUAAAAGACACGGCAAGGAAGAGGGAGAAAUCGAAAAGCGUAUCUGGAAGCCAACACACCGAUAUCACCAUAAAAAGAAGCUUCACAAGCGUGGCGGAGGAUCAUCAGAAGAAGAGGAAGAACAGAGGGGUGAUUCAGAGGAAAACGUGGAGGAGGGAAAGGACAGAGAUGAAGCUCUGAGGUAUCUGGCUGAGAAACGUAAUCCAUGGAUUUUCAGAGGCUAUUAUCAUCCUGCCUGGUAUAAAAGGGAUUCAGAUGAACAUGCUGCCACCUCAAACAAGAUGGACGAACUGGCCAAGUUGCUGAGCUACAAGAUAAACCAGCUGGCGAACCACUCGAAUCAAGAGGAGGCGAAAAGGAGCACGAACCAGAAAACACUUACUCCACAGGAGGAGAAAGAGCUGGAAAACCUGGCAGCUAUGGACAUGGAGUUGCAGAAAAUCGCAGCCAAGUUGCAUGAAAACGCCGCGUAAUCCAGCAGCAUUUAAGACUAUCAGCUACCAGUGAAUUAAAGUUGCUGUUUAACUGUAUGUCUGCUGAUGUAGUGUGCUUACAGUGUUAAAAGUGACAAAAAAAAUAUACAAAAAAAACCAUGGAGCCUUGCCAAACCAUUUUAUCGACCUGUUUUUGUGAUAUUUCGAUGUUCUGAACUUAAUCCGCAUGGGAAUGGCCUGGAUGUUUCUAUAUAUAGUCAGAGAAAUGUGAAAAUAUUAAUACAUACCUGAGAAAUUAUUCAAAUGUGUUCUCAAGACUUUGUUUUGUUUGCACUCAAUAAAAAGGACAUAUUCUGGGACCAAA